UGCUGACUUUCUGAGCGCCAGCUGUCAGUUGAUGCUAACUAAAAUGCUCUCUUUCCUUUCGUGAUAUUUUACCACUUUUUUAUGAAAUUUUAUGCUUUCAAGUCUCUAUCGCAAUUAUCGCCGGAUAUAAAAGAAUAUGCAAACUUUUUUCCCGCAUAUUCUCUUCAAUAUUGUUUGAAUUUCGCUUAGACCUGAUGUAGCAUGAGGUAGCUAGCUUGUUGUUAGCAGCGGACAAAUCUGAUGCAGUCAGGUUUUUUUUGUUUGUUUUUACACUGCUACUCUAUUCGUCACUGCAAACCAAUUUUCAGUUGUGUUACGAACUGAGCAAUUUUCUGUCAGUAUGCACGACAGUAAGGCUUAUAUUAUCAGCAUUUUAAAUAUGGAUCAGUGAGGGUAAAUCCUUUGGAUCACUUAAAGCUUGCAGAAGGCGAUCUUUAAAAUCGCAUUGUGGAGUAAAACGUUUGUUAAACUAAUUGUUUGCAGAAGAUCGCAAACAUGGAUAAGAAAUCAUUUGAUAUUGUCUUGGAUGAAAUAAGAAAGUGUGUGCUAACUGACCAGCGGAUUAAAGCCAUAGAGCAGGUGCACGGAUAUUUCUCCAGUGAGCAGGUAAUGGAGAUACUGAAGUAUUUUUCGUGGGCAGAUCCUCAAAUCAAAGCAGUAAAAGCUUUGCAGCAUAAAAUGGUUGCAAUUCCGACAACCAAAGUUGCAAAUAUUCUCAAUUGCUUCACCUUUUCAAAGGACAGACUGGUUGUCCUGGAAUUGAUAGCUCUGAACAUUUUAGAUGCUCAAAAUUACCGACCCGUAGAGGAUCAGUUUCGAAUACAUUUGUCAGAGAAGAAACGAGCCCGUCGGAUCCUGGAGCAGGUUUGUAAAGUUGGCUGUAAGGCUCCUGUAGCUAUGAUCUCUUCCUGUGGAAUGAUACCAGGAAAUCCUUACCCCAAAGGCAGGCCCAGCCUGAUCAGUGGCACGUUCCCUGGAACACCUCCAAUGAAGAAAGAAGGAGAGAAGAAAGAAGAUGCAUCUAACAAUAUGGAGGGGAAAGGAAUCGCUGCCCGGAUUAUUGGACCGUUCAAACCUUUUCCUUCAACCUACAACCCGCAUCGUCCUGUACCCUACCCAAUACCACCGUGCAGACCUCACGCUACAAUCACACCAAGUGCAUACAACAACAACCCAGCCUUUGGUUCUGUGGGAGGGGUUAUAACAACCAAUGUGCCCCCUCCCCCCUACAACGCCACCCACAAAGUAGCAGGUUACAACAAACCAGGCAAUCCACAGAACACCACACCUGGAGUCAGCAGUGGACCGCUCCAUAUUCCUCAUGGGUCCACACCUUCAACCCCUACUCCAGCUCAAGCCUCUCCUGCUCCACUGCCUCCCUCCACUCCUAUCACACCAGUUUUCCCUGGCAUGGUGCCCUCUCACAACCCUAAUGCCCUGUCUCCCUCUCCUGCGCCGUCCCCUUCUGUCAUUAAGUCAGGUCCACAAACCCCUAGUGGCCACGUUACCCCCACUCCCUCAUCUGUCAUUAAAGCCCACACACCCUCAGGCACCCCAUGUGGAACACCCGCCCCCAACAGUGGGGGCUUCUCCUCUUCCCCCUUUCAAGCUAUUUCCCGUCCAGACACUCCUGCUACCUCCAGGACUGGGCCAGACCCCCUGUCUCAGGCAAACUCCAUUAUCUCAAAUCAGCUGAAAGUUUUUUCCCAGUCCACAGACCAGCAGUCUGGACCAGCCUUCCCUGGUAUAGCCUCACAAUCAGGUGUCCCCUCUGGGUCAGUGAUCCGAAGUUACACCCCCUCUGGUCCAUUGUCUGCAACUUCUGGUCCAAUGACUCCAGUAAAUCCAACCUGUUCUACCCCAGCCCCUAGCCCCAAACCUUCCCCAGCUACUUCCUCACAGGCUCAGGUGCCUGCUGGAGCACAUCAAGUUGAUCAGCAGCGUGCAGCGCUGAACAGACACCCGGGGGGUAGCAGCAGUGGCAGUAACAGCCCAGUGCCUUCUGCUUUCAAGGGGACCUCUCACUCUGCUACACCAUCUGUAGGCCCUUUGGUGGCACAAGCAUCUGCUCUGGCACGAUCCUUGGGGCUUUCACACUCCUCAGCCUCCCCUCAGGUCUCUCUCCCUAGUCCAGUUGCUAUCACUGGACUACAAGCACUUUCCACUAGCCCAGUGCCUUCUCAUUAUCCUGGCCUGGCAGCCUUCCCUGCCCUCUCAUCCUCACUUCCCCCCUCCACUAUACCUUCAUCACUGAACUCAGUGCCUGCCACUACUAACAUUUCUAACCACCCUUCCACAUCCAUCUAUCCAGGACUGGCUCCUACUGCUGCCCCAAGUGCUGCCUCUCCUUUUGGUUUAGGCCUCAACUCUGCUCCCUCUAUAUUCCCAGGACUCCCCCCUGGCCCUAGUUCUGCUACCUUCCCAGGGCUUGGGGUUUCAGGUGGGGCUGGUGCUGGGAGUCCUGUGUUGUCUUCAUUUAUGGGGUUAUCAGGGGCUACGCCAUCUUCAGUAGCAUCAGUAGCACCACUGCAAGCAGCAGCAGCUGCUGCUGCAGCAGCAGCAGCAGCAGCAGCAGCAGGGGUCCCAUCUCCAUCACCAGUUUUACCAGGAUUUGCUUCUGCCUUCAGCUCCAACUUCCAGCCAGGGUUGAGUGGUGGACUCCAGCCUCCAGGAAGCAGUGGGUUUCCAGGCUUGUUGUCCUUCCCAGGUGUCCCUGGCUUCUCCGCCUCUGCCUCCUCUGCUGCACUCGGUGGCCUCCACAACGCAACUGUACAAUCUGCUCUGCUGCAGGCUCAUCCCACGUCGGCCUUGGAGAGUUUUCCUUCUCAGCCCAACAGUUUCACCAGCUACCCUCCAGGUCCAGGAAACCCUUUCCCCCUACAACCAGGCCUGCACCCCCAGCUGGGAUGGCAGUGAAACACACCAUACACUAACAUGCUUAUUUGGUUUUAAGCGCUGGCUUGCCAGUCAGCAGCUGACACAUUUUAUUUUAUAGCUUUGAAUCAUGCUUGUGUUUGCUGAAUUACAGUUAAACGUAUUGUAAGGAGGAACACAACAGCAAAAAGUCUGAAAACAAUGUAUACAUUAGGGUUAGAGGAUGGGAGAGUUGUAGAAGUAUUUUACUUUACUCCCAGUGAAAGGUUGUAAAUAGAAUACUUAGAAGUUGCUUGGUAGGUUUUACAACUAGACUGAUUGAUUUUAAUGUGAGCUCAGCUUUUAUUGUUUUUAUGAAAUUUUCAGUGUUUAUUAAUGAAUUAUAGAUUUUUUUUUUAAACUAUGUAUAAGAUCAUGUAAUGAAUUGACAGUAACAUGUAGUAUUUGGAGUCCACCCUCAGUGGAAACGACGUAUCAUCUGAGUGUUUUGAAGCUAAUGUCAGUGUCUUUCUGAUUUGUAAUGAAGUCACAUUUUGAAAUGGGAACAGUGAAUAUUUUUAAUCUGUGUGCUGUGUUAAAAAGACAUAAAGUCCCACUUGAGUUUGCCACGUUUGUGUUACUGUGAAACCACACUGGUGGCUGUGGGUGAUUGCUGUGAUUUACUUUGUAUGUUUGCAAUGGUGACAGUGAUGACACUGCUGGUACUGUAAUUACAGUAUUUAACGAUA